ACAAUUGGAAAUACGCAUCGUUCAUUGACUAGAUAAAGAAGGACCAGAGAGUACUAAUACUUGGGAUGAACGACUAAGCUCUUGUUUUUGUCCCCUCUCCGCGUUGGUUGUGCUCAGCAUUUAUUAAUAGGAAACAACAGUGUUUCACAAAUUCCCUUCAAUAUUUUUUUUUAAAAGUAACUGAUUAGUUUACUAUUGCUGGUUCCAUUGAAGGCGUGUUUGUGUUGACAUUUGAACCCAGACACUCUACAUGCUGUAAAAGACCGUGAAGACAAAAAGUAUUGUUUACUAGUAUCUAUGCCUCGUGCCUGUUUCCAACACCAUGGUGGAUGUCUUUCCGAUUUGAAAGUGAAGGAAACACUGUAUUGUACUCCAAGGCAGUUACUUUCUUAAUAUUCACUUGCUUUACUGCUAAUCUUUAAACUGGGGACUUAAUAUGUUUUUAUGAAUUGAAUAUCGCCACGGUAGAGAAGCCAAAUGAUGUGUGUGUUCCAAAAUGCAUACAUUACUUUGCUGGAGUAUCUGCUGAGAAAGAACUGGAUAGACUGACAGUAUAGAAAUCUUAUGGGACGUGUUUCUUUCCAAGAUAACUUUAAUAAAGACGAAGAAGGGUUUUCAUUUUUUGAAGAGGCAGGAACCUGGAUGUAUAGAAUUGCUUCAUAUUGAUUCUAAGUAUUUGGAAAAUGGGAGCUGCUACAAAAUUGGUGUUUGCUGUUUUUCUUAUCUCUUGUUCUUCAGGUGCCAUACUAGGCAGAUCAGAGACACAGGAGUGCAUCUUCUACAAUGCUAAUUGGGAAAAUGAUAAAACAAAUCGCAGUGGCAUCGAAUCGUGUUAUGGUGAUAAAGAUAAAAGACGACAUUGUUUUGCUACAUGGAAGAACACGUCUGGAUCUAUUGAAAUUGUGAAAAAGGGUUGCUGGCUGGACGAUAUUAACUGUUACGACAGAUCAGAAUGCAUAGAACGGAAAGACAGUCCUGAAGUUUUUUUCUGCUGCUGUGAAGGCAACAUGUGCAAUGACCAUUUUUUCUACUUUCCAGAAAUGGAGGUCACACAGCCUACUUCCAAUCCUGUCCCAACUGAACCACCCCUGUUUAGUACAUUGCUUUAUUCUUUUAUGCCUAUAAUGGGAAUUGCAGUGAUCAUCUUGUUUUCAUUCUGGAUGUACCGCCACCACAAAUUAGCAUAUCCUCCGGUCCUUGUACCAACCCAGCAUGCCUUUCAUAUAAUGAUAGAGGAUCCUGGACCACCACCUCCAUCACCUCUGAUGGGCUUAAAGCCACUUCAGUUACUAGAGAUUAAAGCCAGGGGAAGAUUUGGCUGUGUCUGGAAAGCUCAGUUAUUAAAUGAAUAUGUAGCUGUGAAAAUAUUCCCAAUCCAGGACAAACAGUCGUGGCAGAACGAAUAUGAAAUAUACAGUUUGCCUGGAAUGAAACAUGAAAAUAUACUACAGUUUAUUGGUGCUGAGAAACGAGGAACCAAUAUUGAUGUUGAUUUGUGGCUCAUAACAGCAUUUCAUGAAAAGGGCUCGCUUACUGACUUUCUGAAGGCUAAUGUAGUUUCAUGGAAUGAAUUGUGUCACAUUGCUGAAACUAUGGCUAGAGGUUUGGCGUACCUUCAUGAAGAUAUUCCUGGUCUAAAAGAUGGGCAUAAACCAGCCAUAUCCCAUAGGGACAUCAAAAGCAAGAAUGUGCUGUUGAAAAAUAAUCUUACAGCUUGUAUUGCUGAUUUUGGUCUUGCUUUAAAAUUUGAGGCUGGGAAGUCAGCAGGUGACACACAUGGUCAGGUUGGCACCCGAAGAUACAUGGCUCCAGAAGUAUUAGAAGGUGCUAUAAACUUCCAAAGGGAUGCAUUUUUGAGGAUAGACAUGUAUGCCAUGGGACUGGUCCUGUGGGAACUAGCAUCACGAUGUACUGCAUCAGAUGGACCUGUGGAUGAGUAUAUGUUGCCUUUUGAGGAAGAGGUGGGCCAGCAUCCUUCUCUUGAAGAUAUGCAGGAAGUUGUUGUACAUAAAAAGAAGAGACCUGUCUUAAGAGAGUGUUGGCAGAAGCAUGCUGGAAUGGCAAUGCUCUGUGAAACAAUAGAAGAGUGUUGGGAUCAUGAUGCAGAAGCUCGAUUAUCAGCGGGCUGUGUAGAGGAACGGAUUAUUCAGAUGCAAAGACUAACAAACAUUAUAACGACAGAAGACAUUGUGACUGUGGUCACUAUGGUGACAAAUGUGGACUUUCCACCCAAAGAAUCCAGUCUAUGAUAGUUGCACUGGUCACACAUCUUGACCGAAAAGACUCUGUGAACAGGAGCUGCUAAGCUAACAGGCCUGUUUCUGGUCAACCGUUUUCUUCGUGACAUAUGGAAUGGUAAGUCUGCCUUUGGAGUGUCAGUAGGAAGACGCCUGUUUGCCCUACUCCAGGCAUGGAUCCAGAAGACUUAUAGCAUUCCUUGCAUAUGACUGAAGGACGUGAAGAACUGAGGAAAUGGCAAAAUAAUGUUAACAAACUUAUUUGGAGAACAUGGACCUAUCCUGGCUAGUCAAGCAUUUUAAAAAGCUGACAUUGUAUUUCUUAACAUGUCAGAUUAAUUCCUUUAAAAUGAACUACUGCUAUUUUUUUUAAAUCAAACAUUUCAUUUCAGAUUUAAGAAAAAGGGUAACUUGUUUUUAUUGCAUUUGCUGUUGUGUUUAUAUAAAUGACUAUUGUAAUGCCAAUAUGACACAGCUUGUGAAUGUUUAGUGUGCUGCUGUUCUAUGUAAUCAAAGUGGGAUCUAGCAAAAAGGCUUCCAAGCAUUACUUAACCUCCCUCAACAAGGUAUACCUCAGUUCCACCUAUGCUUAAUUGUUGAAUUGACAACACUAACGAACCUGAGAUAAUAAAUUGAUCCAGAUUUUGUAAAUUAUGUAUUUACAGAUUUAAGGUGUGUUUUUUAAAGAUGGUAAGCUGUGCUUCAUGCUAACAGUCAAUGGCCAUUCCUGAAAUAGUGUGUUAGCCUUUCCUUGUUCUAGUUUGUGUAUAAAAAUGUAUUGUGUGUUAAAUGGCAAACUCCCCCAAUUUUUAGUUUAAAGCUAUAUUUUACCUCCAGUUCCCUAAAUAUUGCAUACAUUUAUUUUACUAAAUAUUUAGGUUUGCUGUGUGAAAAUGAUAAUUUGAAAAUUUAAGCAUGAUUCUUUUUUUUUUUUUAAUUAUGUGAGGUAUGGCACUGGAAAGCUAUUCUUUUGAAAGGAGCUUCCCCCUGCUCCCAAUUUUAUGUAUUCUUAUGUUUUGCCUAGCAUAUUUUUUGUUUUACUAAACAGGAUACAGAGGUUGGAUCCAGAGAUAGCUGAUGCAGUGUGGCUGGUGGAAGAAACUUCCUCAGCUUCUCUUCAUCAGCUGCUCCAGCUUUUCAAAAAUACUACACCAAAGUUACCCUGACAUUUGGUGCAUCAUUUUUGGGGGAUAGGAGGGCCACUGUGGUGGGAAAAUCAGUCUGCCAGCCAUGUUGCAUGUGCCAAAAUCUGCAUUCAACCUAUGUUACUGUUUCAGGAUCACCUCAGGAAGCUUAGUUUCCCAGAACUCCUCAUUCUUCAUGCAUUACCUUUUGCAACUCUGCAACGCUCUUUGGUGCCGACUUGUCAGAGUAAUACACGUCUGUGAUUCAUAGGUUUUCCCUAUGAUCAUAAAAAAAUGAAAACUACAGCUGCACAAUUUCUUUUAAAGAAAACAUGCUUACCAUCAAAUAUGCAAUUAUUUCUGUAAUGACAAUGUAGCACAGUCUAGCAAAAAAACAAAAGAGAGAGAAACCUAUAGUUUUAAAUUACACUACUGUAUUCAAGAAUUACAGGCAACUUAAGAUGUCAGGCCUUUCCAUUGAAAGUUUAGCAAAAAGGGCAGUAAGUAGACAGGUGCCAAAGUAAUUUUGAAAAGUAAUAAUACACUACAGUUAUUUAAUCAGCUACAUGUUUGCAGGCCAAAGUACGUUAAUGUUCUAAAACUAAAGUACCAACAGUAGCCAGUAUUAUGAGAUUCUGGUCAGGUCAUUUUUUAAAAAAUGCAUUAGGAUUUUUUUUAAAUGUCAAAAUCAGAUAUUCACUGUGAAUGCUUUCUUCUGAACAGUUAUUUAUGAAACCACAGUGUUUUCUUCGGUAUUGUUUUCUUUUUUAAAAAGGAUUAUUUAUAAACAACAUUUUGGGUACCAAAUUCUGAAAAAUGGAGAAAGGUACCAGCAAUUUUUUUUCAUAACUGGCAUACCAGUGCAAUUUUGACUCAUAAUUUUAUGGUAGCCAAAAGAUCCCCAUAUCCUUCUUUGGUUACAAGUACUGUCAGUACAACAUGCUACAGGUACAACUUGCUAAUUUUGUUUGUUGAUAAACAUAGGGGGACUGUGUUGCAGUUUAAAUAAAGGAGGGUUAUUUGCUUGAUUCUGAUUAUAGGCAUCGAUACAACAAUCUCAACUCGAAGACCCAUGCCUAAAAAGAGCUGAACAAUUGAUAAAUCUAGUUUCUUCUCAAAAUGACAACAUAUAAACUAGGAAAAUGCAGCAACUAUUAUUAGUGGUCAUCCAAAAACGUGAAUACAUUAACCAUUUCUAGCUGAAAACCUAGGUGCAAUGUUUGUCGAGACAGUUGUCCCCAAAUUUUCAUAGAGCAGGUUUCUAUCCAACAAAUGCACACCCAUGACCUGAGCCAGGAGGAACAUUUUUCUCGUGUAUUUUUAUUAGUAUGUUUCUCAUUUCAAGUCAUAUAGGGAAAACCAUCAAAACUGACAAUCAGAGUAAUGAGUCUUCAUUUAUACAUUCAUAAAUUCUGAAAUCCCCCAAACAACUCGAGUUUGAUAUUUGUAAUGGGAAUGAUACUACAUGUCGGAAUUGUAAAGUUAGCUUUUAGAAGGAUCUGUAAAAUUGCAAAAGAACACAAAACUGUUUUCAUCUAUACUUAAUACGUUGCAGGGAAUCUCAAAACCUGUUUCCAACUUUAAGAGAAAAUAUAGAGGUGGGCAAGUUUCUAAAAAUGCUUAAGCCAAGACCAUAAGUUAAAGCCAACAAUUUUUUUAGUAAGUCUGAGCUAGGAAUGAUGCUCUGCUUUCUGACAGAUAUUGUGACCAUUGUUGCUUUUUGUAUUUGAAUCAUACAGCUUGUGUGGAUCUGGCCAGCUCUGGUGGUUUAACUUGUAUCUUUGAUGUGUGAAGAAAAGCUGGAGCCCAAGCUCAAGCUUCAAGUUGUCUUUGGUCUGCCUGUAUCUACUUAGUUGGCUGCCAUAUAAUUGCCACAGGAUUUUACAGAUUAGCCAGUUUUGUGAUCAAUUUAAAAGUCUAAACUUUGCAGUACCUUUUCAAGUUUCUGUUAGUUGCUGAGAACUUUUUAAUCACAUGAUGCAUGACUACUCUUUGUACAGUUGCUAAAUAUAACUUAACAUUUCAGAACAGAUUGUGCCUCGUAAAUUGUUGGAGUUAUUUGACCUAGCAUUCUCAUUCAUGGUGGUAUUAUGAAAAUAAGUCUGGAUUAAAAUACACAACUUUAUACCUUCUUUGAUAGCAAAAUCCAUGUGGAGUAGUUUUGCCAUAACUAAGGUGUAAUCUCAGAUGUAGUAGUAAUAAAUAUUGUUCAUACUACAGUUCUACAGGAGAAAUUGUUGGCUGUAGUUUAACAAAGUGAGGUGACUGAUUGGUUGACCUUUUUCCAGUUCUCUUUUUAACCUUUUUAAUGCAUUUUUAUUAGGAAUAUUUGGUAUAAGAUGCAGAAAGCGAUGUACAGGAUUAUGAGCAAACGAUAAAAAUAAUAUCCUUGUUGGAACACCAUUUACCUCAAGAUACUCAACCAGCGGUACUUUUUUCUUUUAAUGCACACUCAGUCCAUAUAAGAUGUCACCUCUCAAGAUCUUGGUAAGCAAUUAUUUUAGCUUUACUCUGUACUUGUCAGUGUUCUGGGCACAGGUUGUUGUACUACUGUCAGAUUGCUCUUGCUAUUUUUGGCAAGUAUUUAAAAAGAAAAUAACCCCAUCCUGGAUAAAAGUGAUUGUGAAAUAUUGUAUAAAUGUAUGCUUUCUCUUUCCCUAUCCCCACAGAAACAUGAAUAAAAAAUUAAAUGACUACUA